AUGACCGACCAAGAUGCGAAUGUCGUAAGCCAAGCCCCUGUCGACGAGACUCCCAUUUCGCCCAGUCGACCCAACCCAGCCAGGAAGAACUCGCUCGAGCACCACCUGGCGCAUCGCCCAGAUCGCCAGGAGCUCAUUAAUAAAAACAUCCUUCCCGCCUCAACCGCAGCGCCGGCUAUCCAAGCCCAACAGAAAGAGCUCGAGAAACACAUGCGUGCCGACUCCCUCAAUGAAAAGAUCGCCCAUCGCCCUGCGCCCGAGACAGUGUUGGAGAAACACAUCAUCCACGAGGACCCCCGUUCGCCCGAGGACAAGUACGCCGAGGCUAUCGAGGACGAAUAUGCUAAGAGGGAGGGCGGUGCGUAGGGAGAGUAGUGGUCUGGUAGGGUAUCUUGUUCCCAUGUGAAACUAGGGUUGACCCCAAGAUGGUAUCAUCGGCAGUCACAAAU